AUGUCUGCAGAGCAAAAGGGCGCCCGAGAGCAGCACGUCUCACCCUCUUUGGGUGCUGGAGGGUCCCCAGAUACCAAAGAUGCUGGCGUGCCUUCGAGAGGCUCGCGGAGAAAAACGUACCUCUCCCUUUCUGUGGUUACCAUAGUGGUUGUCCUGGCACUGGCGCUAGGGCUGGGGCUUGGGUUGGGACUAAGACACUCCCACAAGAAUCACUCGAACAGCGCCGCAGUACCUCCCUCGCCUUCGAACAGUUCGUUGCCCGCCGAGGAUUCACAGGCAUCGCUGCAAGUCCCCCCGUGGCGAUCAAACGUGGAAGACUACACCCUCGACAUCGCAGGAUGGGACUUCAAUGCACCACCGACGACACGCGAAUACAAUUUCACCAUCGACGAAAUUGAGCUGUCGCCGGAUGGCGUCUUCCGCCAGAUCAUCGCCAUCAAUGGUCGUUUCCCUGGGCCCCUCAUCCGUGCCAACAUGGGCGACCGGAUCAUCGUCCAUGUGCAGAACAACCUCCCGAACGGGACUGCCUUUCACUGGCACGGGCUGUAUCAGAAUGGUACAAACUGGAUGGACGGGACGGCUGGAAUAACUCAAUGCGCGAUUCCCCCGGGCGCAAGUUUCACCUACAAUUUCACCGUGGCAAACCAGUUUGGAACUUACUGGUACCACACCCACUACUCGACCACGAAUGGCGAUGGUCCCGUGGGACCCCUGGUUAUCCACUCGCCGGACGAGGUCAAGAUGCAGCAGUACUACGAUGUCGACCAGGUGGUGCUUAUACAAGACUGGUACCACGACUAUAGCCAGGCCCUGCUGCCCGCCUACCUCGCCAGCGGUGAUGAAAAUAGCGAACCUGUUCCUGACAACGGCUUGAUCCAGGGGACCAACUAUUUCAACUGCUCAGUACUCGACUCCGACAGUGGCUAUGUCUGCGAGCAAAACUCGACACGUGCAGUGUUUACGGUUGAGCACGGCAAACGUUAUCGAUAUCGGUUGAUCAACACCGGGGCUUUCGCGACAUUUGAAUUUUCCAUAGACAAUCAUCCCCUUUCCGUCAUCGAGGCGGAUGGGACCGCGACAGAACCCCUCUCUGUGCACAGACUUGAUAUUGCUGUGGCGCAGAGAUACUCAAUUGUGAUCAACGCCAAUCAGUCGGCAGGAUCCAAUUACUGGAUGCGAGCACAGAUGAACACAUUCUGCUUCGGAGGACCCAAUCCGAUCCUCGAUCCUGACGUGAUGGCUUUGAUAACCUAUACCAACAGCACAGAUAAUCCAACAAACUCAACGGACUGGAAGGACGCCGUGGAUGUACAGUGUGUUGGCCUGAACUCAUCAUUGAUGACACCAUUCUUUGAAUCAGAAGCUCCACCCGCCACGAAAAUGUAUGCCGUCGCGGCGAACUUCCAGAUCGGAGACUAUGCUCUGGAUCGCGCCUACUUCAACGGGACUUCCUGGGUCAUGGCCGAUGUGCCUACGCUGAACCAAGCUGUCGCGGGCCUCCAGGCAGGCAACACCUCGUUCACGACUUCUGGAGUCAGCUCGGCCUUCAGUGCCAACCAAUAUGUCAUUGACAUUCCUGACUGGCAAGUGGUAGACCUGUUGAUCACAAACUACGACGAAGGAGCACACCCGUUCCAUUUCCACGGGCAUACUUUCUGGGUUCUUGCCUCCUCUCCGGAUCAAUACUUCGAUUGGUCGACCUACAACGGCCUGAACAAGACACUGUCCAAUGUCAUGCGUCGAGACACACUCUUGAUUGAUGCAUACGGCUGGGCACUCAUCCGGUUUGUUGCAGACAACCCGGGAUUGUGGGCCUUGCACUGCCAUAUAACUUGGCACAUGGAGGCGGGUCUCCUCAUGCAAUUCCAGACCCGGAACGACAUUAUGAAGACAUGGACUUUACCAUCCGACGUGCUGGGGCUCUGCUCAGCAUGA